UUGUGAUACGGAAUCCCUUGCGUUGUAACUAAGUAGCAUAACUGACAAAAGCUAAUAUAAUGAUCACACUUGUUCAUGUGAAGAAAGGAACAUCACGUUAAAGAUCAGGUUCACGUUAAGUACAACAUAUAAUACAAUAUGACAGUGGCGCUGAAAUUCGACGUAAUGAGAUUAAUGUUUGUAGCAUUUUUAGGUUACGUUUUAACAGAUGAAAAUGAAUAUCGUUUGGUUCGUGAUUUGAUGACUAGUUACGAUAAGAGAAUACGGCCGUCAGAAAAUCACUCAUGGCCAUUAAAUGUAACAUUUGAUGUUUCACUGGCGCAAAUUAUAGAUGUGGACGAAAAAAAUCAGAUCAUUACAACGAACUGUUGGCUUAACCAGGGAUGGAAGGAUUAUAUGUUACGAUGGGAUCCUAGAAAGUACGGUAAUACUAGUGUAAUACGACUACCAUUCACUGAAGUUUGGAGACCAGAUAUUCUUUUGUAUAAUAAUGCAGAUGUUACAUCGUCAUUAUCCACCGUCAGCACAAAUGUGAUCGUGACUUUUGACGGAAAUAUCACAUGGUUGUCUAUGUGGAUAUUCAAAAGCUCGUGUUCAAUUGACGUUAAAUAUUUCCCAUUUGAUAUUCAGAAUUGUUCUAUGGAUUUUGCAUCUUGGGCAUUUGAUGCGUUUCAAAUUAAUAUUCAAAAUGAUGCAGAAAAGGGAGAUUUAACAAAUUAUGUCAGCAGUUCAGAAUGGGAACUAACUGUUUUCGACUUUCAGCGGCAAGUUAUCACAUUUUCCUGUUGUCCUGAACCCUAUGUGUUUAUAAAUUAUUACUUUGUGAUUAAGAGACGACCAUUGUUUUAUAUGUUUAACCUUGUCAUGCCUUGUAUAUUGAUAACCCUUGUUGCCUUGUUGGGAUUUUAUAUGCCAAGCGAAUCUGGCGAAAAAGUUUCUAUGGGAAUAACUACUUUGUUGUCAAUGACUGUAUUUCUGAUGAUUGUAGCCGACAGUUUGCCACCGUCAUCAUCUGAUGUGCCUUUAAUAGGUCUUUACUAUGGAAUUAAUAUUGCAAUAGUUUCAUUUGCAACUGCAAUGACAGUAUUUACAUUAAAUAUCCACCAUAAAGGUGCAAGAGGAUAUGAAGUGCCGAAUAUAUUCCGAAAAAUAUUUUUUGGUGUCGUUGCAAAGUUAUUGUGUAUAAAACUAGACUUGCCACCAGAACCUGGAAUGGUUCCUGUACCACAAAGUGAUUAUUAUAAGUAUGACGACCAGUCUUCAGAAAACGGAGGAAUUUCAACACGUUAUACCGGAAAAUUAAGUACUGGUGGUAAUGGAGAAAGUUGUGACAAUCAAUUCCUUAAAGUUUUACAUAAGGUUAACCAAACUAUUGAAAGGAAUGAAGUUAGACUGGCGGAACAAGAUAGACGGGACUAUAUCAGACAAGAAUGGCAACAGUUAGCUUUAGUCAUAGACCGAAUGUUAAUGUUUAUUUUUAUUUUAGGUUUGUUUCUAUAUACCAUUGCUUUGUUUGCUCCUGGAAACAGAGACAUAAGUGAUUUACCACCUGGUUUGUAGAAAUUGAUAAAGAGGCUAAAAACAAAAUUUAAUUCGCUAAGUUUUGUUUUCUUUUAAGUUAAAGCGUAUUUCUAUUGAUCUUGUGCUAGCCCAUGGAUCGAGAUAAAAAGGGAAGGGUUGAGAUCUAACUUAAAACAAAAGUGUAUGCAUGUGCCCCUGUCAGGUCUGAACCUCAUUCGUGGUUCUCUUAUGAGAUUUUGGGUGUAUGCCAAUUAGACAGCAACCAAACCUUAACCUCUGUUUGAUUUAUUCACACCUGUCACUUUUUUUUUAUAUUUUUUAUUUCUUUAUAUUUUAAAAUCAACGGCUGCUGAAAAACCUAGUAUACAAACGGUAGUUUCCAUUUUAAUAAAACUAAAUAUAAAGACGCCAUAUGAUAUAAGGAUAAAUAUUUUGAUAAAUUAUAUUAUUCUACAAAUAAACUAGUGUAGAAACCUUCUUUGUGAAUUAAUUUUAAAGUGUACACACUUUGAAAGCAGAGUUGAUAAGCAGCUAUUAUUAAAUGACUGAACUAAAACAAAUUUUAAGAAUGAAUUAUUUAAAACAAAGUCUGCUUACCUAGUUAUUCUAAACUACUUCGUUUAGUUACAACAAUUACUGUUUUAGUAAGAUGUAAAAGUCUUUUUGAUCAGGAUGAUUUGUCUAACCUGGUGCUAAAUGUUAUGUAUAUAUUGGAUCAAAUAUUAUGUAUAAAUGUCAAUAUACUUGUCUGUGAUUGUGUACACUGAUGUACAGAUUCUCAUAUCAUAUAUAUCGUGUUGAGCAUGAACUUUUGUAGAUAUAGAAAUUUUAUCUUUGAACAAAGUGUGCAUUUCUAAAUGUUACUUUUGGUUUAUCGACCAUAUUUUAUAUUUCCAUCUUUCAUACUGCUUGUUUGAUUUUCGCCUAAUAAAGGGUGAUAUCUGUUU